GUCCCAACAUUAUCAGCAUGCUCUUCUUACAGUUCCUCCUGCUCUCCGGAGUUCUCUCCGGGGUUCUCUCCACUGUCCCCGCGGUCGACCCUCUCCGCACCUUCCAGUUCCGGAGCCCUUGGACCGGGGAGGACCUGACGUGUGACCGGUGUCCACCAGGCACCCACAUGACCGCGCAAUGCACCGCCUCCACGGCCACCAAGUGCGCGCCGUGUCGGAGGGAGCACUUCACCGAGCUGUGGAACCACCUGCCCCGGUGUCUGUACUGCGACAACUUCUGCACCGACAACCAGGAGGUGGAGACCGAGUGCUCGCCGGUCAGCAACCGGGCGUGUCGGUGUCAGGAGGGCUUCUACUGGGCCAGUGACUUCUGUGUGCGACACUCGGAGUGCGAGCCCGGGGAGGGCGUUCGAACCAAAGGUACGUCGCAGAAGAACACUGUUUGUGAACAGUGCUCUGAUGGCUACUUCUCCAACUCGUCUUCUGCUCUGAAAACAUGUGUAAGGCAUCAGGAAUGUGCAAUUGGACAGACUGUGCUGCUUCCCGGCUCAGUUUACCAUGACUCGGUGUGCGGCACCUGCGAUUCGCUUGCAAAUGGAGGUGAGACACUCAGGACCCUCCUCUCGGACUUCUUCUCAAUGCACAGGAUGCGUGUGGUAAAGAUGUGGAGAUUUGUCACCAGGAACAUCAAUCGUUCGGCCCCCAGACAGAGAGGUGCUCUCAUGCAUCAGAUCACAACGUGGUUGGCCCAGGCUCCAGAGGAGCAGCUGAGAAAACUGCCACAGAUGCUGAAGGACUCAAACCUCAAAACCAUAGCAGAAAAACUGGAGAAGAGACUCAUGGAGAUCCAGCACAAGAUUCCAAACUGUAGCUUAAAUCUAAUAGAAUGACAGUUCAUGGUAUAUGUCGGAGUAUGACAUGUUUGAGACAUUAAAAGCCACAUACCUCAG